AUGUAAGAAGGUACUUUAUAUAACGACAGAGAAUCCAAUAAUUGCUUUGCUUAGGGCUUAGAAGUCCGCUAGAAAGUAACUGCUAAUAUCUUCGGUUUGAUCUCUUGUAGUUAGAGCAAGGGACUAAGUUAUCUGCAUUUUGGCGCCGAUAUCCACCCUUGGCGGGAAGUGGAAGUGGCAGACAUGGGGAGGGCUCCUUGUUGCGAAAAAGUUGGGCUGAAGAAGGGGAGAUGGACGGCGGAAGAGGAUGAGAUUUUGACUAAGUAUAUUCAAACUCAUGGAGAAGGCUCCUGGAGAUCAUUGCCCAAGAAUGCAGGAUUACUAAGGUGUGGGAAGAGUUGCAGACUAAGGUGGGUUAAUUACUUGAGAGCUGAUUUGAAGAGAGGGAACUUUACAGGUGAAGAGGACGAACUUAUCAUUAAAUUGCAUCAAUCCUUGGGAAAUAGGUGGUCUUUAAUCGCCAGUCACUUACCAGGGCGAACAGACAACGAAAUAAAGAACUACUGGAACUCUCAUUUGAGUACAAAAAUGUAUUGCUUCAGAAGGCUAUCCAAUCAAAGUUUACCCGUGAUUCUGAACGUCACCGAGCGCAAAGGCGGUCGAAAGGGAAUGAAGGAUAACCAAGGCCACAGUACCAAGACAGAAAAUAAUGGCAAUUCUUCAUCAAAUAAGCCUAUGGAGGUUUUUAUUGAUGAAGUUGUGCCAUUUCCUUCUACUCCAUCCUUAGAAAAAGAAACCUUCCCCUCGGCUGUAGAAGAUAGCAUGCACCUGGAUCCCUAUGAAGAAGAUAAUGAGAGAAGGAUCGGUGUUAUGCCCGGUUCUUGUCAACACACUGGGGAUGGGGAUGGAUAUGUAGAGAAUUCAAUGCUAUGCCCUACGGCUACUGAUAGCGUUGUUGAGAAAGAGACUGAUAUUUUCUCACUAUUCGAAAGUAAUGAAAGCAGCGGGAUGCUCUGUUUUGACAACAUCUUGGACAAUGAAUUGCUACAAACAAAUGGCGAUUCCACGUUAUCCCAGUGGGGAUUGAACCAAGUCUCUGUCGACCUGGAGAACAGUGGAGAUCUGUGUCCAAACAGACCAGCAGCUAUUAACAAGCAAGUAGAGAGUGGCGACUGUGGGACUGGGGAUUUGACUACCUAUUUCUGCACAACAUCAUGCUUCUUUGAUGAUUGUGAAGUCGAAAAUAUUCUGGAUUGGGACUGGGAAAGGAACGAACUUUGGGAUGAGAAGGAGUGCAUUAUGCCAUCUUGGCUGUGGGAGCUCGAUUACAAUGACAAAGACGAUAGACUUACAUUGGAAAAUAAUGACCUUGAGUUGCGUGGCUCCGCAGUUGCUUGACUAUAUGUCUCCUAAUGCGUCGCUGUUGUGUGUUUUCACUUAGAUGUGAACAGAAACAGCUUUUUUCUGUCGUUUCUUUCCUAUUCCGUUCAGUAUGGAAAGAAAAAUAAAAAUAAAAUCGAGGGUGAAAAACACUAGUUGAAGGAUCAUAUUCACGAACCUUCAACUUGUAUUACUCUUACUAUCUUUGCAGGUUGCAACAAAUCUAUCACAUUCGUUGCGUAAUUUUGUAUUUUUUGUUUCUUCUCUUACCCAUUGGUUCUGACACCAUUAAGUACUGAAA